UAAUUGAAUUAAUCGUAAUGUCUAAAACUAAUGAUACAAUUUUAAGUAUCUCGCUGUUAAAAAACAGUAUUGAAACUAUACUUAGAAAUAUCGAGGAAUUAGAAAGGAUUAAAUCCGACAACGGAGAUUGGGGAAUACAUGUCAAUAGAUUGAAGCAACAAACAGAAAAGUUAAUCCAGAAAGUGGAAAGUGCGCCGUUAGAACACUUAACUAAGGUGUUGAAGAAAAAAAAACUAAAACGUCAACGAAAGAAAUAUAAAUUAAAACAAAUCAAAGCGGAUGCUAAAAAUAGAAUUACACCCCAAGACCUGAUAUCACAGAAAAUCUCAAACAUUCAACAGAGUAAUAAAUAUCCUUCGAGUCCGUCUCAUGUUACACACAUAUCUUCCGUAAAAAAGUGUCAUCAUAUUCGUUUGCUGAAGCAACAUGAUGCUCAACGUUUUCUCCGAACCUUUGAGUUAUUAAAAGAGUUACAUUUUUCACGUGGUCAGAACGUUCAUAAUACAAAGGAAUUUGCUGAACAACUACGUGAUUUACGAAUAUAUUGGGGAAAAAUAUUUGAUGAAAAUAACACAGAAUGUACACAAGAACGGCACGUAGAGGAUCAAUGGAAUGAGACAAUUUUUGGACCGGUUGAACAUUCCUGCUAUAACGGUGACCAAAAAAUGAGUGACUUCAUACGAAUACGGCACAUUUGGGAUAGCUACUUGACGCGUAGUAAAAAUGGCUCUUCUAUGCCUGGUGGUUGGAUUCUUCCCAGUGGAAACGCCAGUUCAGAAUGGCAGCAAUACCAGGUCAUUUGACCAUCUGAAUUGUUGCGUUUACCUGUUUUUUAUGUAAUACUUUUUAAAUUAAUAAACUUUCACUACUUUUCAAAGGAAAUAUCUCUAACAAAA